CUAAGAUGCAAACGCUUACAGUAGGAGACGACAGUCAGUUUGGGGUCUGAGAGCAGCUUGCUUUCGUCUUUCGGGGCGGAAUCCAUUAGCCCACAAACCGCUUUAUUCGGAGCACAUCGUAGGCACCCUAAGUUACCGCUUCUGAUAAUGCAAAACGUCCUGAGCAACAGCCUGACCGAUAUUGUGCAAAAGGCAGGGGACUUGAGCAUCGCUUCGCCGCGCGAGCCCGUCAACGCAGUGACAAUGAGAGAUCGGAGCCAUGGAGGAGUAAAUGAGGAGGAGGCGGUCGAGGCAGCGGAGCGCGAGCUGCGGAGGACGCAAUCACCCCAGUUUCGUCAGAACAGGCAUCCCUUCCUCAUCGGCGUUGCGGGCGGCACGGCCUCGGGCAAGACGACUGUGUGCGACAGGAUUAUGCAGCGCCUGCACGACCAGUGCGUGGUUAUGCUAUCUCAGGACUCCUUCUACCGCACCCUUACGCCGACGGAAAUGGCUUUGGCCAAGGAGAACAACUACAACUUUGACCACCCGGACGCACUGGACCGCAAGGGCAUGAUGGAGUGCCUCCAGAAGCUCAAGGAGGGCCGCAGUGUGGAGGUGCCGGUGUACGACUUCGCUCUGCACGCGCGGGUGGAGGAGACGCGGCGGAUGGACCCGGCUGACGUGGUGAUUGUGGAGGGCAUCCUGGUGCUGGCCAUGGAGGAGGUGCGCGACCAGCUCAACAUGAAGAUCUACGUGGACACGGAUGAUGACGUGCGCCUGGCCCGCCGCAUUCAGCGCGACGUGGCCAGCCGCGGCCGCGACGUGGCCAGCGUCAUCGAGCAGUACACCAAGUUUGUGAAGCCGGCCUUCGACACCUUCAUUGGGCCCAGCCGCCGCCACGCCGAUAUCAUCGUGCCGUGGCAGUCCAGUGAGAACGUGGUGGCCAUUGACCUCAUCACCGAGCACAUCCGCCUCAAGCUGCGCCAGCAUGACCUCAUCCGCAUCUACUCCAACCUGGAGGUGAUGCCCAGCAACUUCCAGAUGCGUGGCAUGCACACAAUCUUGCGCGACCGCGACACCUCGCCCAACGACUUUGUGUUUUAUGCCGACCGCAUCAAUCGCCUGCUGGUGGAGGCGGGGCUGGGCCACCUGCCCUUCCGCGAGAAGACCGUCAUGACGCCCACCGGCCACAAGUACACGGGCGUGGAGUUCGCUCGCGGGCUAUGCGGCGUGUCCGUCAUCCGCAGCGGCGAGGCCAUGGAGGCGGCCCUGCGCGAGUGCUGCCAGGGCAUCAAGAUUGGAAAGAUCCUGGUGCACCGCCACGGCAAGUCGGAAGACAUUGUGUAUGAGAAGCUGCCUGCCGACAUCUCGCGCCGCUACGUGCUGCUGCUGGACCCCGUGCUGGGCACAGGCAACACCGCCUGCAAGGCCAUCCAGGUGCUGUUGGACAAGGGCGUGCAGGAGAGCAAGAUCCUGUUCCUGUGCAUCAUCGCCGCGCCCCCCGGCAUCCACCGCGUGUGCCAGACGUACCCGCAGGUCAAGGUGAUCACGAGCGAGAUCGACACGGGUGUGGACGAGAACUGGUGCGUGGUACCGGGAGUGGGCGAGUUCGGAGACCGCUACUACUGCUGAGCAGAGGCAGCGGUGCGGUGGGGCUGAGGCGCCAAAGCAUCUGGGGAGGAGAACUCAGCUGAUGGGUUUGAGACGGCCUGGAGAGCGAAGCCCAUCGGCAGGAGCUGGGAGUUGUGGCGUGCAUGUGCCGAGCGCCCGAGCUCAAACUAGUGAUCUGGGUAGCUCGGGUGAUACCAACUUUGCUGUCUGGUUGGGAGGGUGGGCUGCAAAAGCAGGUCGCGGCUUUGUGGCAUGUAGCUAAGCGGCAGGGUGCGGGGUCUUAAAAUGCAGCAGCAGCGGCAUGAGUGAUACUCUACAAAACCCUGGAGAGCCUUCUACCGUUAUUUACCAGAGUGAGCGGCGGUACUGGUAAACUCGGUUCCGCGGUGGUGUGGCCUGCGGUGCUGUAGUGCAAGAGAGCUUCGAAUGGCCCCGGUCGGCCGACUGGUCAGACUGUCAGAGACAGUCCGCCGGCGAGGGUAGGCUGUAGCCGGCGGUGCCAGACGGGCGGGUGUUUAGCGGCAGGUAUGAAAGCGGCCUGAUGCGCCACCGGGAGAGCGAACUGAUUACCUCAAUCCGUAACUUGUCCUAAUUACCUAGUACUUGGCAGAGAGGAAGCCAAGGGAUGCUGGAUGCAGUGGUGGUCUCUGGCGCAGUGGUGCAGAGGCAAGGAGUGUGUGGCUGUGAGGUGUAAUAACGGUGCCCA